AUGAGUCGGGCCGCCUUUUGCCUCGCGACUGCAGAGCUCUCGCUAAUCGGUGCAAGCGGGAACCUCCUUUCCGCCUGGGCGAUUGCCCGGCUGUCGGCGGCUCGCUCGGAGGUGCUGAUGGCGACGGCGCUCACGCUGCCCUCCUCUCGAGUCGGAGGCCGCACCUGGCUCUCCUGCGGCCUCUCCUGUGCCGCGGUGCUCUCGGUCGCUCGCAGGCACGCGCUCUCCGAUGCAUCGGCGGCGAGCGGCGACGCCUCCCUCCUCGCCUCCUCUCCCGCGGAUUCGCUCGCCCCAGCCGCGCUGCUGUGCUCCGCGCUGCUGUACUCGCUCGGCCGCGUGCGCUGCUCUCACUGGGUGAGCACUCUUGGACGCUAG